CGUUUCAAGUUCCUUCUGUUGCAACAUCGUUGUUUUUUUGUUGCGAUUGUUUCUGUUGCAACUUCACUUUUUUAGUCUUUCUCAACACGCUCAGAUUUGGUAUUCUCAUUCACUCUCAGUUUUUUUGUUUCUUGAAUUGCGUUCGCUCUCAGCAUUGUUCAGUUCUCUCGCGUUCUCAAUUCUCUCCCUUCCUUUCACUCUCUGUCUCUAUUAUCCGUUUUUCAUCCAACGUGCGCACGCAAUGAUGGCUGCCGACCAGCAGUCUGACGACGACGUUGCCAGCUCAGCGUCGACUACUGCAUUGCGCGGUCGUUCUGGAUCAGACACGUCGUCCGCUGACAAUGCGGCUUCGCUCACUCCCCGCGUCCCACCAUCACGACCAUCGCUACCAUUAUCAUCAUCAUCAUCAUUAUCAUCAUCAUCGCCGUUCAGUGACGCAGCCGCCGAGUCCGGUGCUCGACGCGUGAACAGCACUAGUAACGCCCGAAACCCAGCCACGGCAAGCACAAGCACGUCUUCUGCAUGGGACGACCAACGCGCCCCAGACAACAAUAGUGAUAAUAAUCAUGAUCAUGAUGACAAUGAUGAUGGAAAUGAUGAGCGUCGGCGUCCUGCUGCCAAUGCCAAUGCCGAUGCUGCUGCUGCUGCUCCACCUCCAAGAACAAACAGCCAGCAAUUGAGCGAGUCGCAUCUCGAGUGCCCAAUAUGCAUGAGCCUAUUUCGAAGUGCAACGGAUCUUUCAUGUGGUCACAGUUUCUGUGCAAGUUGCAUCUCAACGCAGCUACAACAAGUGGAACCCAAUCAACGACGCUGCCCAAUCUGCCGGACACCCGUUACCUCCAUCCAUCCGUCCUACUCGCUGCGUCGCGUCGUGGAUGCGUACAUUGAAGCCAAUCCAGAGAGAGCAUCGCAACUCUCGCCUCUCAUUUCACAAGAACAGCUCCUUUCGUCAACCGGACCCGUCUUCCCAUCACCAAACUCGCUGGUCAAUAACAAUGCCAACAUGGACAGAAACUACGAAGGCCAUUUCUCCCCAGCACCCGAAAACCGCUCGCAGCGAUCCCAGCCAAGUUCGGGCUCCGAGACGUUGAUGGUCAUUGUGUUUAUUUUUACAGUCUUGCAUAUUUGGGAUCCCUUCGAUAUGAAGACGCUCUGCGGGCACACCUGGUGGUGCGAUUUGCUUCUCGAUUCUUACGACGAGGUAUUGAUAAUAUUCUGGGUGGCGUUCUUCGUCAUGCGAGCAUUGUCGAACUUGGAGAAUACGGCACAGUAGUUUGGAUGCUUGCUGUGCGAGCGGCUACCCGGCUGGUUGUUCAUUUUUGUUAACACGAAGUGCGCUUCAUUGAUGGUUUAUUGUCCUUGCUGGAUUAUUGGACGCUGUGCUCUUAAUUGUGCAUUCAUUGACAAGGCUUUUUGAAUCGAGCAAUUCUCUU